AUGAGUGGAGCGCCGCUCUCCGCGGAGUUCCCUCUUCGCGGCUGGGCUGCGUGGUCCUCCGGCGACUGCCGCCACCCCUCCGACUCCUUCCAGUGGCUCGACUUUGGGCCGCUGCCGGAGGAGAGUGCUGGCCUGCCGUUUGCCGCCGGCGCAGACGGGCUGCUCCGCAUCACGCGCCCGGGGAGCGUGUGGGUGCGCGUGCACGUCGACUCGGUCGGAGGCUCGCCGUUUCGCCACCUGAUCGUCGGCCCGGGCCAGCUGCCACAGCGGCGGGCGCGUUGCGCCGGGCCGGUGGGAGCGUGCGGCUCCUGCCUCGCCGGCUUUGCCUUUGGCGACUGCGGCUGCGUCGGCACGACCCACCCCGGCACCUCGGUCAAUUACCAGCGGGACUUUGGCGUCGGGGGCGGCCUCCUCGGCGUCGGCGCUGUGCCAGCGCACUGGGCCGUGACUGGCGGCAACGAGACGCGGCAUCCCGCGCCCGUCCCGAGCCUGCGCGGCGCGAUGCAGCUGACCUUUGUCCCCGAGGGGGGAGGGGGAGGGCCGCCGCCGUUCGACUCGCAGCCGUGCGACGACGUCUGCCUCGCGCCCCACGCGCCGCGUACUCCCGCCGAGGCGGACGCCCUCUGGUGGUGGGGAGACGCGCCUGUCCGCCUCGGGAAGGACAAGUCCCUGUGGCUCGAGACGUACGACGCGGGCCACUUCGUCUUCUCCGACCUCGCCGGCGCUAACCCUGACCCUGACCCUGACCCUACCCCUAACCCUGACCCUACCCCUACCCCUACCCCUACCCCUACCCCUAACCCCAACCCUCACCCUACCCCUCACCCUACCCCUCACCCUAACCUAGGCGGCUUCUCUCCUGGCGCCUUUGGCGAGGUGGGGAGGGCCUCGUCGCUGCAGACUCGCGUGCGCGGAGACGCCACCCCGUGGUACUCGUCGGUCGUGCCGUGGCCAGCGGCGGAGGCGAGCAGCGUGCGCGCUGCGCUGGGCACGACGACGCUCGCGCGCCCGCAGCAGCUUCGCGUCAUGUACCAGCUGCGCGACGCGAGCGGCAACAGUCUCGUGAGGCAGCCGGCGAGCGCUCCGCAGGUGCGCUACCGCGACGGCGGCGCAGAUCGGACGGUCUCGUGCGGCUUGCCGGACGGCAGCUCCGGCGUGGGCGAGUGCGUCGGGUUGCUUUCGAGGGGAGCAUUCGCCACCGAGCGCGAGGUGACGCUGUCCUUGCUGUGGCCCGACGCGGCGACGGUGGCGCUGCCGUCCUUCGCGAGCGUGCGGCUGCAGCGCGAGCCUUCCUGGUCGGCGGCGGGGGGCUGGAACGCGCACCGCGAAUCGGUGGCGGCCGUGGCCUUUGGCGCGGUGCUCCCGUUCGAGGACGUGUUCUUGGCCGCCAGCGGACGACGAGCAAGCUUCGACGUCGCGGCGAGCCGCGCGGCGCAGACCAUCUCAGUCGGAAAGUUCCAGCUCGUCUUUGACGCGGCGGCGUGCGAGGUGACGGGCGACUCGGGGAGGCACCCGAACUUUGGCACCUGGGACACGCUGCCCGACUCGCGCGCCGGCGAGUACGGGCUGCUCUUCAUGAACGGGAACGACGGUUACGUCGCGCGGGCAGAGGUCUUCGUCAAGGCGUCCCAGGACCGGGCGGGGCGCACCCGAGACGUGGGCUGCGCGGGCGAGUGCAGCUACACGCCGGCCGCGGGCGCCCCGAGCGGCGCGGUAUCGCUCUUGGCGUCACACGGCGGCGCUUCGGACGAGCUGACGGUGCAAGUACGCUCUCCGACGACCGUGCGGCUGUCGGUGGACGACGCGACUCUCUCCGCGGUCGGGUGCCACCACGACGCCGCGACGGACAUGUACCAGUCGACUCGGCUGCGGCUCACCGUCGACGGCAGCCUCGACAUGACUCGCCUCUCGACGUACUCCAGCUCCGACCCCCGCAUCGCCGAGGUGGUUGGCAGUCGCGUGGUGGGACGCGGCGUUGGGACGGCGACCAUCUCGGCGUUCGGCGGCGUCGCGUCGACCACAGUGACGGUGGAGGCGGCCGUGCUGCAGCCGUCGCUGGUGUCGCGCAUCGUGACUUCGCUCAGUGCGGAAAAGCGAGCUCAGAGCUUCACGAGCGAAGCGAGCGUCGGGUACCUCUACACCUUUGCGGCGUACGCCAACGGGGACGUGCACACGCUGGAAGACGACGCGCUGAACGUGAGCGUGCUCGCGGCGGACAGGGUGACGCACACGCUGGCGGGCGGGCGGCACGCGGUGGGAGUCGUGCCGGAUGCGCGCGCGGCGUCAUGCGACGAGGAGCUGAUGAGCGUGGCCCUCACGGCUUGCGGCGGCUCACUGCCAGCCGCGGUGCCGCCUCUCGUGCUCGCGCUGCCCUCGCCGGUCGCGCUGAGGCCACUGGCAGUGUCGACCGCCCACAUCGCCCCGAGCGACAGCUUUGCUCGCUCCGCCGCGCUGAGCAGCCGGCCCGCAGAGUCGGGCAGGCUGACGCGGGCGCUGGUUGCGAUGAGCGACGGACCCGACAAGGACAUGCUUGCCGACGCGCGGGUGACGCUCACCUCGUCGGACGGCGCGUGCGUGGAGGUGGCGCCCAGUCUCGCGGAGGCCCCGAGGUGGGACUUUCGCGCGGUCCCUGGCGGAGCGUGCACGCGCGCAGUCCUCACCGCCACCUUCACGCUCGGCUCGUGGGUGAAGAACGCGACCGCCGCCCUGUACAUCGUUCGUCCAAAGUCGCUGAGCGUUGCUGCCGCUUUGCACCCGCCGUGCAGCAGCUCCGCGGCGGCGCUGUACGUGCUGGGGUGCAAGGGGCGCGUGCGGCAGCGCGCCGCCUUCACCGCGUCGUACGAGCUGGAGGCGGACGACGCAGGCUACUCGCGGGGCGGCAUCGUGAGCUUGGGACACGCGGACGUCACCCUCGCCCGAGCCAACCUCAAGCUCCUCUCCGGGGCUGUGCACGAGGGCGUGGCGGCGGGCGGCGCGUCCUUUGGCGUGAGCCUGCGCGGGCAGAGCGCAACGCACCGCCUGCUCAUCUCGGACGAUCGGUUGCGCUUGGCCGAGAGCGCAGCGUCCGUGGCGGAGACGGUGGUGACGACGCGGCGCGUGGCCGUCUCGGCGACGUUCAGCGGUCGCGGCGUCGAGUGCACGUACUCGGACUGGGCGGUGCGUGGCAGCUUGGGCACGGCGAUCGAGGACGUGGCGUCCUUCUCGGUGGCGUCGGCGUACGGCGGCGUGCUGAGCGUGUCUGCCGACGGCACGGUGACGGCGCUGGCGACGCAUUGGGCGAGGGCGUCGUUCUCGGUGACCAACGCGUGCGACGCGUCGGACGUUGAACACGUCUCGCUCUUCGUCAACCCGGCGGCCGGCGAGCUCGACUUGGGCGAGGCAUCGCGGGCGCCGCUGCAGGCGGGCAGCACGCUCGAGGCGAUCGCCGCCUACUUGCUGUACAAGUCGGCGGAGCUCGAUGCCACGGCAGCCCGCAGCAGCUGGGCGCCGCACGCCGGCGGCACAUUCCAGGGGACGCUGCAGGCCGUGGCGCAGCCCUUCGACUCGCCGACGAGCGACGGCGCCUACGACAGGUGGUCGAAGGUGGUGUACGCGGAUUUCGUCAAGUCGGGCUUCACGGGCACGAGCUGGAGCCGGAUGAACCCCGCCAGCGUGGCGCUGGCGGUGCGGGGAGGAGUGCGAAGCGGAACGGUGGGGCUGCGGCUGGAGGUGAGCUGCGGCGGCGCGUCGCACUUUCUGCCGAGCGCGGAGGGGGCGACCGAGCUGCCCUUCACCACGGGGUGGAGCGAGGUGCUCCCCUACCAAGCGGCUCGCCGCCUCGCGCUUCAGCCACGUCUGCGGCGGAGGCUGGGCGCGGCGGCGCACGGCGACGUGACGGGCGACGGCGUCACCGACGCGAGCGACCUCGCCGCCGUGGUCAACUACUUCAAGGCGCCGGCAACGGUCCGCCUCGACCUCCUCACCGACGACCAGAAGCUCUGGCUCGACGCCAACCGCGACGGCGAGUACGCAAACGCUGGCGACGUCCUGUACGCCGCCCGCGCCUACGCCGGCGCAACCGCCUACGCCGUCAUCGAGCCUCUGGGGUGCCCGACCGAGGCGCAGGGCGAGCUGUCGGCCACGGUGACGAGCUACUCGGCCGCGCAGCACGUGCUCGAGGCCGUCGAGGCAGCGGUGGAGCUGGUCUACACCCGCAGUCCUACCUCCGCCCCCGCGCCCUCUCCAGCCACGCCCUCUCCAGCCACGCCGUACUGGCUCGGGGCGAGGGUCGAGUCCGGGGCGCGGCUUCCGCCAACCGCGCCGCCCUCACCGCCGGGUGGGCCGCGCUCCGCCAGCUUUGCGAUGGAGGCCACCCGUGGCGGCCGCUCGCUUCGGCUGCGGCCCGAGGGCGGGUGGGAGGACGGGGCGCGGCUCGAGCUGGCGUACGUCGUCGGCAGGAGGGGCGACAGCGAGGCGCGAGCGAUCUUUCUCCAGUCCACCAUCACAGGGCAGCGGUUCGUGCCGCUGCAGGGCUGCACUCUUCGCUUCUCGCCGGUGCAAGUGCCGGUGUCGAUGUCGGCGCCGGCGAGCCAGGAGCCGCUGCUCCGCCACGCCUUGCGCAACGCCGGCCGCAGUGGCGAGGCCGAGCCGAUGCUCUCCGCCGCUGCUCUCCGCUCCGAUGGCGGCCGAGCGACUCCGCCCAGGCCGACGGCCGGGUGGCUGGGGAAACCAGCCCCCCAGCCGCUGCCGAAGCCGGACCCGCACCAGGUUCUGCGCGAGCGGCCGCCGCUUUCCCCGCGCUCACCCCUCGUGGCGGCGUGGGAGGAGGGUGGGCGCACGGUCGCCCGCUUGUUCGAGUUCGACGGUGCCGACCCCUCCGCCCCCGGCUCGUCGUCCGAUUGCCCGCCCGACAGUGCGGCGAGGCAGGCGCGGGGUCGUGCCAUUCGAGCGCGCGCCUCCAGCUCCGCUCACGUCGGCGGCGAGGAGCUUCUGCUCGACGGCCGGCAUUGCGCGCACGGCCGGAAGGAGCCCUGGUACUGGGCUCCGUCCGCGGCGCCGGUGCAGUUUUCCUCGCGGCAGUCGCGGGGGGGCGACUGCGAGGGCGCCGCCGGAAGCUCGAGCGGCGGCGGCGCAGCAGAGCCGCGCAGAGAGGAGGUCUUGGCAACUCUGAGUGACGCCGAGCGGACGCUGCGCGAGCAGCAGACGCUGUGCGAGUCUCUCGCCGCCGGUGAGAAGGACGCGGGCAUCGCGUCGCUGCUCCUUACGCGCGGGCGGGAGCUGGCGGCGACGCGGCUCGAGGUGUGCAACUGCUCUGUCGCCGUCGCACUCGGCACUGAGUCGGGGGGUGCCAGCUCACUGCAUGUCACGCGGGCCGAGUCGAGCGAGGUGGCGGCCGCCACGGCGGCGGCCGCCGCCGCGGGACGCGCCGCGGCUGAGGCUGCGCAGGCGGCCGACGCAGCGGCCGCGCGCGCCACGCCUAUCUACACGCUCGCGCGCUACACUCCGCAAACGAGGGCUGGCGGCGGGUUUGGUGGCGAGGCUGUGAGCUUGGCGGCGGCGGCGGCGGCGGCGGCGGCGGCGGCGGGGACAGAGGCGGCAUCACCCUGUCCGCGGCGCUCGCUGCAGCUCGACGACGACGACGACGACGAGGAGGAGGAGGAGGAGGAGGAGGACGAGGAGGAGGAGGAGGAGGAGGACGGCGCUGGCUUGCUGCAGGAGGGCUGGACGCUCGGCUCCUCUUUCCGCCACUCCUCCGCCCGCUCGUCCUCUCGCAAGAGCAGGGGCCGUGCCUCCUCCUCCUCCGACCGCUACUCCGCCGUCUACGACUCCUACGACUCGGAGGCCGGCGUGUCGCUGCAAGUGGCCGACGCCCCGUACUUUGACGAGAUCGACGACGACGAGCUGAUCGCCGCGUGGCCCGCGAAUCUCGCCCCGCCGCGCCAGGGCGAGGCCGAGCUCAAGCUCCCGACGGCGGGCUACCACACGCCGCCACAGCUCUCGGCGGCGGACCUGAGGGCGCUCAAGGCGGAGGCGCACGGGGCGGGCCUGUGGACGCCCUACGACAUGCCGCCGACCCCGCGCACGCCCUCCCGCGUCCCCUCGCUCCCCUCGCCGAUCGCCGAAGGGAGCGAGGGGCGUUCGCGCGGGCCGGUGCCGACGGCGCCGCCGCCGUCGGCGAUGCCGUACCGCGGGCCAGCGCGCGAGGCGGACGGACUGCCCGUCGACGAGGACGCCGGCGAGAGCGACGCGCAGGAGGCGCACCGGCGGAGGCAGAAGUUUGACCGCGCCGUUGCCUCCAACAUCUUCGCCGCGUCGCAGCGGCUUUCGCACCGCGCAGAGUCGCUCGGUGCGCUCGCCGAGGGCUGCGAGCCGCAGGCGGAGGCGGCGCUCACCGCUGCGCGCGCCUGCCUCGACGGCGAGGUGCAGGAGCUGCGUCGGUUCAUGCGGCAGCUCGCGCGCUUGCUCGAGCGCGACCCGAUCCUCCCGAAGCGCGAGCAGAUGCGCUGGGUGAUCCAGGCCGAGCGCAACUACUCCCGCCUCCUCUCGCCAAGCCCCCAGCCGCCGGCCGGCGCCGCGAUUGGAGCAAAGCCGCCGCCCGCGAAGCGCCGGCGGGGCCUUCCCUGGGGGCGGCGCAAGAGCAAGGCUAAUCAAUCCGGCCAAGUGUCGGUGCCGCAGAUCUCGCAGGGGAGCGCAACACCUCUCGCGAUCUGAGCCGCCGCUCGGGGCGGAUUUCGAGGAAGGAAUCGGAGGAGAUCAGAGCGGAUCAUCUGGCUGUGUCGGUGCUACGUACUGUCUCUCUGUCUGGGGCGGGGCUCGCGGGGCGCUGGCUGUUAGUGGCCGCACACCCCUAGCCGCUCCUCACACUCUUGUCUCUCACAUGGUGGGGUGCUCUCUCUCUUGUGAUGUGUCCGUCGCUGCGCUGGCCUUCUCUUCGCGUCUGGAGAGGCGUGUCCGUGUGCAGCAGCUGUGCGCAGAGGUACUGGUUUUCUGCCCUGUCUUAUCCGUGUCUACGUCGUGGCGCAGCUGAACAUGAAGCAAAUUUUGACACAUUGCUCUCU